AUGAAAUUUUCACCAAGUGAUUUGGAAAUACUAUUUAACGACUCAAAUUUCGGUCCGGAAAGUUUGACUAGUUCCACUGUGGAGCAUAUCUGCGAAAAGAAAGUAGUAAUACAAGCAAAUAAUCCGUUUUCGGAAAUAAUUUCCGGGAAGUCAUUGUGUGAUAUUAUGUUAAAUCCCCAA